UCGAACACAAACAGUCGGAAGCGAUGCUAGUAAUUUAGCAGCUGUAUUUUUAAAGUGCUGUUUAUGUGUGCAGUAUUAUUGAAAUUUUCUAAAUACCUGAUUAUAAAUAACUUAAUUUAUUUAUGUACAAGAGAGAAAUGUAUAAUAUUUUAGUGCAACGUUAAUACGUUUACUGCUUACCAUAAAUAUAUUACGCUCAUAAGUGUGUAAAAUUUGAAAAUUGAGCUGCACGAAAAAUCGAUGCAACUAACGCGUAUGUGUGUGUGUGUUAAAAAAGCGCUGGAAAGUGCAAUGCAAACAAGCCGGCUUUCAAAAAAUAUCAACUAAAUAAACACAAAACAAUUGUCGCAGCGGAAAAGUGUGUGUCAAUUUUCUUAUUAUUUGUGACUUAAGUCCAUAUGUAUGUACAUGUAUUAGCCUACAUAUGUAUGUAUGUAAAUAACUGUAUACAAUUGAGAAAUGCCACAGUUAAUUGUGUACCUAAAUUAUUUUUGUUGUGCUUUCAUGCAUUCCAUUUAUGAAUAUGCCUGUGUUUGUGCUUGUGCGAUGCUGCACCCUUCGAUUUGGCGGCAUUUAUUGUUGUGCCACUAUUUUCUGCUUUCAGCUUUGUCCCCUGUACGUUACAACCCGCCAUAUACAUGUACAAACUCGUAUUAUGCAUCCCUUCUAGCGCCGCGAUUGCUUACCGGUCGUUUCCUUUUUAGUUACGCUCCUCCAUUGUCGAUAAUUGCUAUACGCUGGUGUGAGUUUGUUUUCAUUUUCAAAGCAACAACAUUACAAUAUUACAUACAUUUGUAUGUAUGUAUGUUGUGUAUUUGUUAAAAUUAUAUACAUAAUUUCAAGAUGUAUUAUGCUGUAGCAAAAUGCUAAAGCUUUCAUAAUAUAAUUUAUUUUUCUCGUUCUCCACCACAAUUGAACAAUUUUUGCUCUAGAACGGUUGUUAUAGUUAUGUAGGUAGCACUUUCGGUUAUUGAUAAGUUAAUAAAUCAUAGUCAUGUGCUAAGCAUGUCAAUAUAAGUUGCGUUAUAUGCACGAUAGUGCGGAAAAAAAUUAAACAACUAUAUAUCGAAAGCAUUUUUGUAAAUAUCACGUACCAUAAACAAUUAAAAUGAAUAAAUUAUAAAAGUUCUAUUUAUCUUGCAUCAUUUUCGUAAUACUGUGUAUUAUACGUAAGCACAUAUUGUGUUACGUUUACUACUUAUGUUUUCUAGAAGUUAUAUUUUCUCACAACUAAACACAACAACUAAGAUUGAAAACUGGUUUAAAUUGUGUAGAAAUGCAAAAUAUAUUGGGUUUAUAGCCACUUUCGUGCGGUUUGCCAAGAUUUGGCAUAACUUGUUAAUAUUUACAUUGUUCUAAUAUUCUAAACAUGCAGUUGCAAAACUUGUAACACCCAAAAGGAAAAGUCGGAGGCCCUACAAAUUAAAUAUGUAUAUAUGAAAAUGAUCACCGUGACAAGCUGAGUCGAUUUAGAUCAAACUGGAAUUUUGUACACAUCCUUUUCUCCCCAAGAAGCUGCUCAUUUGUCGGAACCGCCGAUAUCGGAAAAUUAUUGCAUAUACCUGCCAUACAAACUGACUGAUCAAACUCAAGUGCUUGUAUGGAAAAAUUUUUUAGUUUGCAAGAUAUCGUCAUUAAAUUGGCAUAGAAUUCAAUCGAAAGCAUCCCUAUAAUCUCCGUAAAAAUUGUUCAGAUCAGAUCACUAUAUCAUAUAGCUGCCAUACGAAUUGAACGUUCGAAAUCAAGUUCUUGUAAGUAGCCUUUGUAUUUGUGAAGGGUAUUAUAGCUUCGGUUCAACCGAAGUUAGGCUUUUUUUUCUUGUUUUUUACUCAAAUAUGUCGAGCUUUGUACAUGAAACAGUGCUUUACGAAAGAACUUUUUUAUUACUUUAGUACAAAAAAACGCUGAGCUUAAAGUCAUCGUAUUUUGGUGGAAGUUUAUGGUGAACAUGCUCUAGCUGAGCGAACGUACCAAAAGCGGUUUAAACGAUUUUAAAGUGCUGAUUUUGGCUUGGAAGACGAAGAAGGUCCUUAGUGACCAAAGAAGUUUGAAGAGGAGGAACUGGAAGCAUUACUCGAUAAAAAUUGUUUCCAAAGACAAAAGGCGUUCGCAGAAAUUUUGGAAGUCGCUCACGCAGCCAUUUCAAAACAUUUAACCGGAUACCAUCCAAAGCAAGAUAAUUGGGUGCCAUAUGAAUUGAACGACAACGCAAACUAAACGCAAAAACCAAAUCAUAUGUGAAACCUGGCCGACCAGCCGAAUAUCCAUGAUGUAAAGGUAAUGCUCUAUAUUUAGUAGGAUCAGAAGAGCGUGCUGUAUUAUAAGCUUCUAAUACCGGGUGAAAUGAUGGGGAAUGCUACCGACAAUAAACUCAAGAAAUUGAAGCUAGCGUUAGUCAAAAAACGCCCAUCAUGACAACAGUCGGCCUCAUUAUAAGACAGUUUGAAAAAUAUUUGUAAAACAGCGGCUGGAAAGUUUUGUCUCAACCGCUUUAUAGACCAGACCUUUAAAGGUCACACCUAAUUGGAAAAUUAUUUCUUUCAUAUUCUAAUAGCUUAUAGCUUUAAAAACGAUAUCUUAAAUAGUUUUUGUGUUACAGCUUUUUAAAAUGUAGCCGCUGAGUGCAAUUAGCUCUAUCAGUUCUUACUUUUCCUCGAAACAGCAUUUUUGAUUUUGCUGCAAUGAUUACUCAAGGGCAAAUGGUCCGAUCGGUAUUAAAUUUUUUCUACAUCUUCUGUGUAUAGUUCUUCAUGCAGUGACUUAUCGGUCUUUUGAUCUCAACUUUUUUUUAUAAUGCCGUCAAUUUUUAAUUUUUUUUUUCGACCUGCGGUCGUUGUAAGGGCAAUAUCUUCUAGUAGAGAUUUUUUAAAUUUUAUUUCACCUAUUUUAAUUCCGUCGAGUAACGUAUAUAACUCGAAAAAUAUUAAAUUUUUCCCUUAAAAAAUUUUACUGUGUAUUCUCAAAAUAUAUAUAAAUAGGUAUAGUGUACCCUUAAAAUUUUUAGAUUGAUGGAUUAUUUUUUAUUACCAAAAAUCGCUGGGUAAUGUGGUCACACUAUGUGUGCCCCUUUACCGUAUCUAAACAUUUUGAGCUCUGUUUGGACCAACUAUUUUUAACAUUUUGUAAUCUGUAUUCAUUGCAUAUAAGCUGGGUAGUGUCAGAACUACUCACCUGCAUAAUUGAUUUCAACCAGUCACCACUAGCAAUACAUAAUUCACAGAUGCUUAUUCCUAUAUGAAAGGCCUCAAGCGCACUUUAUAACAGCAAAUUCGCUUAUAAUUUUUUUAAAAUAUUUUUCAGCAAUAAAUUUAUUUGUGAAAUUUACAUACAAAAAAAAAAUCUUGUAAGUGCAAUGCAGCAACAACAUAAAUAUAAAAAUAUAAGAGCGUUGCAUAAAAAUCGAUAAAAUGUGUUAAGAGCAGUAAAGUAUUUCGAUGACGUAUAGUAAAAUCGAGAGCAGACAAAAAACCGUAUUAAUAAUAAGAAAAAAGUAAAAAAAUUCUAAGAAAUGCAAAAUUUUAUAAUUAAUAGUCAAACGAAUCUGUGGAAUAGCACAAAUCUACAUGACAAAUUUUUCAAUUGUUUCUUAAACGUACUUAUGUCGGUAUUUAUUUACAUCUGGUGUGCACAAUUUACUUAAAAAACAACGAAAUUGCCUGGUCACAGCAUAAAAUAUAUAAGUGGCGGCAAAAAAACCACGAAAAUAAAUAACGAAACUAAAGUGAAAUAUAACACAUUAAGUGAAAGCACAAAUUGAAAAUAAAAAUCCAACACAAAUGGUGAUUAGCGCACAAAACUGUGCAAACCGCUGCUUCACAUUUCAUAAAAAAAUCAACACUUAUUUGAAAAACGAGUAACUAUUUGCAUUUUCCUUCAAAACAAAUGUAUUUUACACAACGUUAAACGCUAAAGUACACAAAUAAUUAAAAUAACUAAUUGAAGUAAAUAAUAAAAGAAAAACGCACAAAACGUAACUGUCGUACGUAAACAAUUGCUAAGUCUUCACCUGUAAACCGUUAUACACAUAUUCCAGCUCGCAUUUCCACCAUGACCUCUUACGUGGAGUUGUUUGUUUUGUUCCUGCUCUUGAUGCUGCCCUUCCCGUUCUUCUACGAAAACAGCCAUAUGUUUCGCUAUUAUCUGAAAUUUUUCAUUUACUACGGCAUUGUAUCAUUCAAUGCACUGAUCCUUAUACCGGCAUUUUUGUUACGACCGUUUGAUGUGCGAAAUUUGCUUUGGGCGAGUACAUUUUGUCAUCGCGUCUCGACUUUAAUCGGUCUACGCUGGGAGCUGCGCGGCCGGGAACAUCUUGAAAAGGAUCAGGCAUGCAUAAUUGUGGCGAAUCAUCAGAGCUCAUUGGAUGUGCUUGGCAUGUUCGCAAUCUGGCAUGUAAUGAACAAGUGUACAGUGGUGGCAAAACGUGAACUCUUCUAUGCUUGGCCCUUCGGUUUGGCUGCCUGGUUGGCCGGUCUUACCUUCAUCGAUCGUGUGCGUGGCGAGAAAGCGCGCAAUACACUGAACGCUGUUAAUAGUCGCGUAAAACUGGAUAAUAUCAAAUUGUGGGUAUUUCCCGAGGGUACACGUCGCAACACCGGCGAACUGCACGCCUUCAAAAAAGGUGCUUUUCACAUGGCAAUCGACGAACAAAUACCCAUACUGCCGGUAGUCUUUAGCUCGUAUUGCAGUUUUCUGAAUGACAAAAUGAAAAUAUUGAAUGCAGGCAAUAUAAUCAUAACCGCUAUGCCGCCAAUUAGCACAACAAAUCUAACCAAAGAUGAUCUACCCGAACUGAUGGAGCGCGUACAUCGACAAAUGGCGUUAACACUGAAGCAAACAUCAGCUGAAGUGCUGUCACGUUACAAAACAGUCAAAACGCCGCCAAUCACAGUGGCAACCAACAGCGGCGGUAGCAAUAAUAUAAGCGCCAGUAGUGGUCGCAAUACUAUGAGCGGCGCUGGCAGUGGCACCAGUUUGCGUGCUGCAUCUGACAGCGCGACACUAAAGCGCACAAUAACGCAUGUAGCGCCGGAAACUGUUGUCAAGCAUGUGACGCGCGGCAGCGCGCUGGCAACCGAGAAGUGUAAACGUAGUACUAAGCUUGGUGUGCCUGCGCCAACAACCGCGAACACAUAAGGCGGCGCGUGUUAGUGGGUCAACGCAUAAAGAGACUAUUUUGCAGACUUUUUAACUGUAACACUAAUAAAGUUGCAUAGCUUUCCAAUACAUUUAGGUAUUAUGUAUGUAUAAAAAAAUAUAUAUUGCUUAAGAUACUUGUGCGUUAUCACAUUUUCAUACAUAUUUUACUAGCUGACGACACAUACUUACGUACAAUAUAAUAUCAAUUUAUGGUACAUUUCUCACUUAAUUGCUAUUUGCAAUUUAACUAUCGGUUGGAAAUUGUUAACUAAAACUAAAAAUGUAACGGCUGCGCAUAGCAAUUUUAUUGCAAACGUUAUUUUUUCAUAGUCUUAAACAUAUACAUACAUACAAAAAUUAGUAAAUUUAAUUAAGCAAACGAAAUUUUUACGCACACAACUGUACAUGUCUAUGGCAUGGUUGACAAGUGAAAAGUAUUAAAUUUUUCUAAUUAAAUAUUUAAUUUCAUUAACAUUUGUAAGAAAUUUUAUAUACAUAUGUAUGCUUACAAACCUACAAACAUAUAUAGCUCAUUUGGCACUAUAUAAGUAAAUUAAUGAUUUACAAAAUUUUCAAAUUUUUUUUCGUUAUACAAAAAGCAUAUAUGUAUAUAAUUAACAUUUAUGUAUAUUUAUAUGCGCAACGAAUUAAUAUAUUUAUAAUAAUUUAAUUGUUUUUCAGUAAACGGCAUGAUUCAUCAUAUGCGUGCUGAAAGUUAAUAUAAAAAUAGUUUUUUUUUUUGAUUUAAAUAGGAAUUUUUUUAAAUUAAUAUUAGAAUUCAUAUUAUUUAAAUACUAUUAAUUUAUUCAAUUUUUAAGUUUGUUUUAUUUAAACAUCAAAAAUUUUGCAAAUUAAAAUAUGUUAGUCAGUUUUUUCAAUUUUUUUCUGCUUAAAUAAAUUUUUUUUGUUUGUAUUUAAUUUUUUGUUAGAAUUCUUUCAACACGUUUUCUGCUUUUGAAUUUUUUUAAAUUAAUAUUAGAAUUCUUUUUAUUUAAACAUUAUUAUUUUUUUCAAUUUUUGAGUUUAUAUUACUUAAACAUCAAAUAUUUUGCAAAUUUUUAAAUUUUUCUGCUUGAAUAAAUAUUAAAAUUUUUUUUUGUAUAUAAUUUUUUGUUAGAAUUCUUUCAACACGUUUUCUGCUUUUGAAUUUUUUAAAUUUAUAUUAGAAUUAUUUUAUUUAUUUAUUUUUCAAAUUAUUUUUUAUAUAGAACUACGAAAUUUUUGCUAAAAUUUUCUUAUGCUUUUUAUGUUGUUGUUGUAACGGUUAUCUUACCUUUUAUCACGUCUCCUGCUUAAAAAUAUAAAAUUUAUGUGUUUUGUUAAAUACAAAUUUACAUAAAAUUAAAUACAUUAGGAACUUUUUAAAUG